ACAGUCGGUGUGUUCGAACCGUGAGCGUUGGGGCUCUUAACAACACUCCCCUAUACAGAAGACUCUUUCGUCCAAUGACUCUUGUAUGUAAUGGUCAUGAGCAAGGGCUCUCGAUAGAUUAGCUAGCUAGGCAUUAAUGAUGAAUAAUCAUCAUGUGGACAAUGGCAGAUUUUUGUCCUAUUCUGAGAAUGGACUGCUCUGUUACCCACACCCUACUUUUGAGCUAGUAGUGUUGGAGACACAUUUACCUAUUAUUUGUUUGAUUUGCCCCAAAGCCUUGUUGAUAUAGCAAAUUUGAGCUAUUAACCCUUGCUUGUUGUUUUAUUUGAGUUGUUACUCCUCCCUACACUAUCUACAUGGGGAAAGACAAAUAUGAACAUGAUCUCAUCAAAUAUGGAUGGCCUGAAGACAUUUGGUUUCAUGUGGAUGAACUCUCUUCUGCCCAUGUGUACCUUAGAAUGCCUAAGGGACUGACAAUUGAGGAUAUUCCCAAGGAAGUCUUGAUUGACUGUGUACAGCUUGUGAAAAACAACAGCAUCCAAGGUAAUACAUUGAGUGGCCCGAUUAAGAUUGUGGCAGUAGAGAGGAAGAUGAAUGAGAUUGUGAACAGGUUGGAGAAAACAAAGGACGAGCGAUACCCUGAUCUGGCAGCAGAGAAAGAGUCUCGAGAUACGGAAGAGAGAAAUGAGAAGAAGGCCCAGAUACAAGAUCUGAAAAAGAAAGAUAAAGAUGGCAUAAAAAAGAAAAGAGAGCUGGAUGAGCUCAAGAUGGAAAUGAUUCGGAUGACUUCAUGUAAAAGGACAAUAUCGGACAUACUCCACCACCUGCAAGUAAACAUUGUUGGGUUGGGCCCUCACUGUUAUACCGGACAGUGCUUUGACAUUGUAUAUAGAUCGAUACUGUAUUUUUGGAACAGUACGUGUGCCAAUUUUGCUAAAAUUUCAGGACUCUCUGAACAGCCUGGUUUCCCGACGCUUCUUGAAUUUCAAAGGAUAACAUUCCAACAGCAUUGAUCUCUUGCACUGAACAUCCUCUGCUUGACCGACAAGAGGGUAGUAACAACCUCCGAUUCCUCAGAAAACUGCUGCCAACGAUUUAGUCUUGGGACGGCUAUUCCUUACAGGCUCUAUGAUCCAGUUCGGUAUUGUUGCAUGUUGACCUAAUGAUAGGAAUUAAUAUAUGAUUUCCUGACCAGUAUGUCUAUGGGUGAAAUUAAAUGAGUAUGUGCAUUUUUAAUUAUAAUUUACCUGGCCAAUGCUGCAGAUGUUGUCCUGGCCAGAGACUGGAACAUGUGAAUUGUGUCCUCGUGAAUCCAUGCAUAAGGUUUGUCUUGGAUGUUUCUUUGAAAUCAUUGAAAGAUUGCUGACAUUGUGAAUAAAUAUCACCUUGUUUAUCAGCUCAAAGUUAAAUUUUAAACAAAAACUGAACUGCCCAUAAGGUAUGUUAAUUGCCCAGUUCAUUAUUGAGACAAUAUGUUGACAUAGCUUUGCUAAUGAAGUGGGAUGUGUAAUGAAUGGUUUGUGCUUGUUGAGAGAAUGGGUACCACCAGCUUUCUCCUUCCUGGGUGAUCAGAGCUGGGAUUGAAUUGACACAUGCUGGUUUUUCAGUAUAAAGCGUGACAUCUCUAUUUCUCAAUGCUGUGUGUGGAUGCAGCUGUGGUUGACCUCUGGUCCACAUCGCACAGACUGAAACGCAUGGAGCAGGUUGAGGGACGAGGGGUGUGUCCGAAUUAAUUAUUCUGGAGGACUUGCAUUUCAUUUGACAUCUGCGUAAACAAUUUCACUCCAAACAACCUCUAAAAGCAGAAUAAAAGGCCUUUGUUUCAAUCUGCAUGUGAUUUGCUUGCCACUACAUGAAUAAGACUGGGUUAUUCUCAGUGGCAGGAUGUCAUAGGUAACUAUAGGCCCCGGUCUGUGUUUAUCAACCAACUGUUGACUAUGCUUAUGUCACAUGCCAGUAUUAUUUCAAGGACUGGAACAUAGUGUACAAAUGUCCUGUUUUCCAUGAAGGUUGUUUCAUGGAUGAGGCAUUUAGAUAUUUUUCAAGUUAUGAACUGUUGAAUAAACGCAUGCUGUUGAAGUUAUAGCUGA